UUAGAUGUAGUUGAAGUUUCGCACAUAUUUCUCUUCGGAAAGAAAUAAACUGCUGGAGGCUUAUCUUAUCUGAUUAACGACAUGAUAAUAAAAUCUCAUAAGUGUGUGCAACUGUGCAUCAUAGGUCAAGAUUUUUCACUGACCUAGUCAAAGAGAUAAAAUAGAAGGAAUGCAGGGAAAUUAUUUUUCUAGUUCUGGCAAAAGCUACAUCUUUUGAGGGUUAUAUUAGUGAUUUCACAUGUCAACGGAUUUGUCUCCCUGGGUUUUGCAUAUGCAUGAAAGUGCAGCAGCAAUUCCUAUUAUUAAUUUGUUUAUUUAUUGAAUUAUUUUUUAAAUUAUGGGGUUAGAAUUAGAUAGUGCGCUAAGUCUUUAUUUUCAUUCUGGUCCAACGCGUCUUUCACAAUCAUACACUUCAUUUUCUGCUUUCUUCUGUACAUGACAUGCUUUUCUUUCUCCGAUUUCCCUUUCAAAGUCCUCACAUACAUGUAUUCUCUUACAAAGAACUUCUAAAAACACUACUAUCUAAAUUUUAAGUGCAGGAUCCUUGUGAUGUCACCAUUACUGGGAAUGACCAUAUUCUCAUUCUCACCAUUAGUAUUUGUUUUGUGUCUAUUUUUUUUUUUUAAAUUUAAUAAAGAGAAAGGAGUCUUCAUACUUCUUUUUCAAGCUACUUCACCUACUUUCCAUUAUCAACAUUCAACUUUUGACAUUGUUAUUAUGAUUAAACAAAUUUAAAACUACAAAAACACCCCACCCCAACAAAAUUGAAAAUUCACAAAAUUGCUAAUUACUAAGUUUAUGAAAACAAAUAUUGGUAGUUGGCCUACUUCUCCAUCUUUAUAAAUGUGAAUGGGUAAUUCUCUGGUGGAUUGUUUUCAAACACCAAUCAUGACCCCCACUAUAAAAUAGUAGCAUAUAAAAAGUUUUCCACAAUAGCUGCCAACUCCGUUGAAUUUCUUCUCUAAAUGCUUCCUUCGGACCCCAUCCGAAUUCUUUUCUCCUAUGUUCUUCUCUGCUCCCCAUCCAAAUCUCAGGCAACAAAUGAUCCUUCAAAUCUCCAUCCAUUACAAUGGACUUCAACUAUACAUUAUAAUCACCAUUAUCUUCUUGUUCUCCCUGGCUACCACUGUGGUAUCUGUUAAUCCAAAAUUUGUGGCCUGCACACCUAGAAGCUGUGGAAAUGGUCUAAACAUUAAGUAUCCAUUCUGGAUCCCUUACGAACAGGAUUCAUUUUGCGGCUAUCCUCACUUUGAGAUCACCUGCAAGAACAAGAAUCCAAUUCUCAAAGCAUCCAAUUAUGACUUGCUAGUGAAAGAUAUCAAUUAUACCAACUCUUCAUUUACUGCUGCUAACCUUGCUGCCUAUGAGGAAAAGUGUCCUGCUCCCAUGAACAAUUACAGUUUUGAUAAGUUACCAUUUACUUAUAGUUCUGAGAACAAUAAUUUCUCUUUCUUCUAUAACUGUACCACGAAACCAAUAGAUUACCCUAUAUAUGAAGUAGAUUGUGCUAAAAAUGCUACUCAUUAUUCAUUUGCGGUUUUUCAUAAGGAGGCACUGGAGCGCAAAAACUACUCCAUGAAUGAGUGUCAGUUUGUGAUUAAUGUGCCACUGAACAUGAAUGCUGCUGUUAAUUUCAGUAGCUUAUUGCAAAUGAAUUAUACUGAAAUUUUGAAGAUGGGAUUUCUUUUAAACUGGACUGCACCUGAUUGCCAAUACUGUGAGAAAAGUGGUGGACGGUGUGGAUUUGAUGGUUAUCAGUUUCUCUGUUUCUGCAAGGAUAAGUCAUACCUGAAAAGUUGUGGUGAUGAUGCAGGAAAGCGCCGGAAAUGGAUACUCGUUGUUAUAGUUGCUGCUGCUGUGGUUGGAUUGUUUGCCCUUGCCAUGGCCCUUCUUUUCUAUAAAAGGCGAAAGAAGACCAGUUAUGGAAUGUCUUAUACACAGCCGCGGAGCUUGUCUUCUGAUCCAUCAUCUUGGAAAGAUACUGAGAAGGGAAGUCAAUACUUUGGAGCGCACCUCUUUACCUAUACUGAACUUGAAGAGGCUACUAACUUCUUUGACCCAUCCAGAGAACUAGGAGAUGGAGGUUUCGGGACAGUGUAUUAUGGACAACUACCAGAUGGACGUUGCAUCGCAGUGAAGCGGUUGUAUGAGAACAAUUACAGGAGAGUAGAACAAUUCAUGAAUGAAAUUGAGAUCCUAACUCGCCUACGCCACAAAAACCUUGUCUCACUAUUUGGAUGCACUUCUCGCCACAGCCGUGAACUUCUGCUUGUGUAUGAGUACAUUGCAAAUGGAACUGUUGCUGAUCAUCUUCAUGGAAACCGAGCCAAAGCUGGUACACUGCCCUGGCAUAUUAGGAUGAACAUUGCCAUGGAGACUGCAACUGCCUUGGCAUAUCUUCAUGAUUCUGAAAUCAUCCAUAGAGAUGUCAAAACCAAUAAUAUUCUUCUUGACAGCAACUUUGUUGUGAAAGUCGCAGAUUUUGGACUUUCGCGCCUUUUUCCAAACAAUGUCACCCAUGUUUCAACCGUUCCUCAAGGGACACCUGGUUAUGUGGAUCCAGAGUACCAUGAAUGCUACCAGCUUACUGUCAAAAGUGAUGUUUAUAGCUUUGGAGUUGUGUUGGUUGAGCUGAUAUCAUCCUUGCCGGCUGUUGAUAUCACAAGGCAUCGGCACGAAAUCAAUUUGUCCACCAUGGCCAUUAACAAGAUUCAGAAUCAGGCACUGCAUGAGCUAGUGGACAAAAAUCUUGGGUUUGAUUCAGAUUUGAAGGUAAGGAAGAUGAUAAAUGCAGUAGCCGAGUUAGCAUUUCAGUGCUUGCAGAGUUCCAAAGAUAUGAGACCUUCAAUGCAAGAAGUAGUGGAUACUCUCAAGGAUAUACAGAGUGAUGGCGAGUACAAAGGCCAAAGCCAUGCUGAAGUCAUGGAUAUCUCAUCAACUGCAGAUGAUGCUGUAUUGCUGAAGGAUGAUCCGCCUCCACCGUCGCCGGCUUCAACUGUAGGGAGCAAAUCUACAACACCAAAUGCUAGUGGAUAAGUGAUCCUUCUUUCACAUUUCAGAAAAUAGCAGAGAGCGCAUCAAAUAGGUAGCGUCCACCCAGUUAGAGCCUGGGUGCUAUCAUUAGUAAUGUAGAUGACUUUAAGAUUGAGAUGUACAUAGAUGCUGAUAAAGCUGCGUUGGUUAUGAGAGUUUAUCUGUUUAAUAAUUAUAUUAAUAUUAUUGUUAUAUUUUUCAUGUGAUAUCAAGUUUAAAUAAGACGCAUUUUUAAUUCA